UUGCAGCCGUGGGAGGCGGCGACUAUUUAUUAACAUAAAGAUCCAGUCACAUGUCGAAACGCUCUGGCUUAGGUGUGAUCACUAGCGAAGAGUUAUCAAAACCUUUAAAAUUGUCAAAGCCAUCUUUGGAUAGUGAUGAAGAAGACUAUAACGAUAAAGAUUGUUUCCGAUUACAUGAAGCAGAUAUAGAUGGUAUCUGGUUGUUUACUGUAUAUUAUUCUACAAGGUCAGGAAGCUACGACUUUAGAGUAUGAUGAUGAAGUUAAAAUAACUCCAUUUAACAUGAAAGAAGAGCUUGAGGAAGACGGUCACUUCGAUUCCGCUGGCACUUUCAUUUUCAAGAAACAAGUUGAUGCUCGUGAUAAUUGGUUAGAAGAUAUUAAUUGGCUAGAAGUCAAGAAAAACCAGGAAAAGAAUUCAUUGAAAGACACUUCGAUAAGCGAUGAACUCGGCGGGAAAGUGCUAAGUAAAGAGGAGAAACUCGCUUUGUACCAAGAACUCUUAUCUUAUUUACAACCUUCUGAGACCGUUCUGCGCAGUAUCAGACGUAUGGGUGCCUGUUCAGAUGCUAAGAAGUCCGCUUCAGCCAGCCAACGCUGGCUACGAAAUAAAAAUCCGAAAACUAAAACUGAGACCGGCAAUCCAGAAGGAUUAAUUCGUGUUACUGAAUUAGCUGACCAACUUGUUCAAGGCGGAGAUUUUGAUGUUUAUCAAAAAACAUUCGACGAUAUCAAAAAACUGAUAGAAUGUACAAAACAAUUCGCAGCAGAUGAUGAACUUGAAGUCCUCGGUCAGGCAUUUGAUGAAAAGCAAGCUGACGAUAAAGGUGGAAUCAAAUCAACUGAAGAACAUGAUGGUACUGACCAUGAUGGCAGUAAUAAUAAUACCUCAGUCAUGUGGCAUUUAAAACGUUCAAAUAAACCAAAUACAGAAAUUGAAGGACCAUACACAUCUGAACAAUUAAAAGUGUGGCUUCAAGAUGGAACAUUUAAUGACGAUGACAAUAUUUUAAUACGUGAAUCAACGAAGUCUGAUGGACAAUUCUAUAACAUCACACGUAUUGACUUUGAUUUGUAUGAAUGAGAGUAAAUAUUCACUUCUUCAAUAUUAUGUUCCCUUCGUUUAUGCAUUCUAUUGUAUAUAGAAAAAUUUGUGAAUAUAUAUGUUCGUUUUUUC